CAAAAGUCAACCAUCGUCCCAAAGAUCUUCACAAAAAAUUCUCGUCACGAAAUCGCCAGAAAAUUCCAAAAAGAACAAAAAGACAUUCGACAGACAGAAGACAUAAAAUUUAACACUUGUUCUGGAUGAAUUUUUGAUGAGUUUAAAUUUUACAACUCUCCUGCUGCAUUUUCAUCUGUCUUCUUGCCUCUUCAACCGCUGCACCACUUGAAUAAUUGAAGAAAAAAAUGCUUCGUGAAGAAAAAAACUAAAAAAUUGUCAAGAAUAUGUUGGGUUCCACACAACGCGAAGCUGUUCGCGUAAAAGUGAAGAAGUGUGAAGGAAAUUUCCCUCCCGAGUACAAAAAAUUCAGCGUUGAUCCGCAAAUAACGAGUGUCGAAGUGCUAUAUUCGAUUCUGGCAAAGGCGUUCGACAUCAAAAGUGACUUCGGGAUCAGUUACAAGACGAAAGACCCCUCGGGACAGGAACAAUGGCUCGUCGUACUGUCAGAUUGGGACUUGGAUGCCGCCUUUUUACGUGCCCACAACUUGUCAAUCGUCACUGCGAGUGAACCUUGCUUGAAUUUAAAGGUCGAAGUGAAACCGUUUCAAGAGCAGCCUGCUUGGGAGAACGCCUGGAUCUCCGGAAAAGUCGAUGCCGCGGCAAACAUCUCGCAACAAAUCGAAACUGGUCACAAAUAUUUAAUGAGUACCGUCGAAAAAGGGUUCAGCAUGUUCCAAAAAGCCCUGAAUUUUGUCGAAGAUCCCGCUUUUAACUUGGCUCCCGUGCCGCCGCUGUCUGACAUGGAUUUCCGCAAGUAUUGCGACUCGGUUGGGCAAAUAAUUCACGCCGAUGAGCUUCGAAGGAUCAUUUAUUUGGGGGGCGUUGAUUCCUCACUUCGACGGGUUUUAUGGAAAUUGCUUUUGAAUGUCUAUCCGGACAAAAUGACGGGCAAGGAGCGCAUGGAUUACAUGAAACGCAAGUCGAAUGAGUACAUAAAACUGCGGGAAAUUUGGCGAACGGAGCUUCAGAAGGGAAAUACCGAAGGAGAAUUAGCUUACGUGACAAGUAUGGUGCGAAAAGACGUCUUACGAACGGAUCGACUUCAUCCAUUUUACGCUGGGAGUGACGACAAUCAAAAUAUCGCGGCACUUUUCAACAUUUUAACGACGUACAGUCUCAACCAUCCGAGUGUCAGUUACUGCCAGGGCAUGAGUGACUUUUGUUCGUGCAUUUUGGUGUCGAUGCAUGGCGACGAAGCGCAAGCCUACAUCUGUUUUUGCGCCCUGAUGCGUCGAAUCAAGCCCAAUUUCAUGAUCGACGGCAUCGCGAUGACCCAAAAAUUCGCCCAUUUGUCAGAAGCGUUCGAAUUUUACGACCCCGAGUUCUUCAACUACCUGAAAAUGCAGCAAGCGGACGAUUUGUUGUUCUGUUAUCGCUGGCUGCUGCUGGAAAUGAAGCGCGAAUUCGCCUUUGACGAUGCCCUUUUCAUGUUGGAGGUGCUGUGGAGCACAAUGCCGCCGGAUCCGCCAAAAGACGAAUUGCCGCUGUUCGAAAAGGAAUUUGUGCCUGCUCGGGAACCAGCGACGACGACGGAACAACAGCCAAAGGGAAGUACUUCAGCGCCCGUUGUCAUCAUGCGGAAGCCUCGUGAGAACGCUUAUACCAAAGUUUGUGCGCUCCGACGCCAAAGUAGCUCGAUGUCGAUUGGUUCGAAUGCGAGUCCGAGCUCGGCAGACACGAAAUGUCAACUUGACAAACGAUUGAACCAAAGCUUGGAUGAAAAUGCGACGCGGGAAAAGAUGUUGAUGCGUUCGAAGCCGGUCCAGAGCUUGGACGAGACGAAAAUGAAGACCUUGAAAACGCAAAAUGCCGUCACGCAGGACGAAAAAACGGAAGAAGAGGUCUUUGAAGCGACAGAAAAUGCUCCGGAAAUGACCGAAAGUCAAACGAAUCCCUUUUUAGACUGCAACGGAGAUGCAAAAACGGCGACAAAUGACCAAUGCAUAUCCGAUUUCCUCACGUACAACAAUAAUUCUACCUUAAAUGACACAUCUAAUCAAAAUAAUAGCAAUCGUGACUCCGGGAACGUUAGUGGUUCGGAUGAAACGACGAUCUCACUGAAUUUCAACUACAAAAAACGCGUUGAGGGUAUCAUGGGAGGACAAAUAAACGAUCUCAAGGAAAAAUUAAACGCAAGUAAGAAGGGAAUUAUUGCCUCUUUGGACAAAAUCGAGAAGGAAACGUCAAAAAAUAAGCCGAAACUCGUAAAAAACUUCAACGAAUUCUGGAAUAUUGCCUCGAUGAACAAAAAUUCGAUACAAGAUAAAAUAAAUACAACCACAAAUGCCCUGAAAAGACUCCCCUCGGUCGAAAUUGAGGAAAAUUCGAUACUGAAACCGUUGGUAAAGUUCACGACAAGCGGCAAAGGUGCCCAAUUCGACGAGGAAAGUACCAAAGAUGACGAUGACAAUACGAAAGGUGACUCCAGUCCGGAUGAUUCUCAGGAUUAUGUGCCCAUGACGACGCCAAUGACGCGCGAAUUGCGUCUCAAAAUGGAAAGUCUCGAUCGGCAAAUCAUGACGAACGGAAGUCCUUCGAGUUCGUUGCCUGCCGAGACUUACGGGUACUCCCAACUUGUGGUUUCGGCGGAAAAAGACGAAGAUCCCAACUCGAUUCAAGUUUGUUCGGAUUUUCAUUCGAGUCCGGUGCCGCCCAAAAGUGACGGAAGCCCCUAUGCCAUCGACGAAGAGGAAUUUAGCAUCAAGACACGUGUCAAUAGUGGCAUUUUUUUCUGGGAAAAUCCGCUGUGUGACGAUUUGGAGUCCGCUGUCUUCGUUAAUUCGUCAAAUACGUGCGAAGAACUGAAAGAUCUCACCUACGAUGGCGGCGAAAUUGUCAUUGAACAUGCGGAAACGGGCAAAAAAUCCGUGACGCCCAUCCGAUUGGUUCGUAAUAGCACAAGCAAUGCCGAAGAUUCGGAUACCGAUAGUUCCGCCGAUUACAAUCCAAAAGCAAUAAUCGCUCCGACAAAUCCGUUUUACGAUCAAAUUGCGACAACGGUGAAGCCGGUGCCGCUGAUUCAGAGCGUUAUCGCGCAAAAUCACGUCAUGCAGGCGUCCGCGUGUGAAGAAGCGGCGGAAAUUGUUCAGUCGUCAGUGGAAAAGCGCCCGGGGGAAUUGCCGCCCCCCAAUGAGUUUGGGGGAGGGAACCCGUUUUUGAUAUUUUUGUGUUUGACGACGUGCAUCCAGCAUCGCGACACGAUAAUGCGAAGCAAGAUGGACUACAACGAGAUGGCGAUUCACUUUGAUAAGAUGGUGAGGAAGCAUAGCGUGCAUCGCGUCUUGAAUCAAGCGCGGAAAAUGUACGGAGAUUAUCUGAAGGCACACACGAAUUGCACGGAUUAUUAUAAAAUUGCGGGACCCAUGAUGCGGACAAUUGAGGAAAAUGUGUAAGUCACAAUCAAAAAAUAGAUGCUUUAAAAAAAAUUACAAAUAUUUACACACAAAAACAGUUCUUAAUGAAUAGAAGUAACGAAAAAAUAAUAGAAAAUAGGAAAAGUUUUUAGAUAGUUUUGCUUGUAAAAUCAAAUUCUUUUAAAAUUUUGAAUAAAAGUCAAUAAGCAAGUCCGGCUGUAAAUAACAAAAUAGC